GGUGGAGGGGUGCAGUCACCUCUGUCAUGCCUGCUCUUUGACCUCCCAUCACCCACAGAAUCAUCUGCUCUUCUCCCCAACCAGGGACCUAGGCUUUGUUGCUUCUUCCUCUCUCCUGUUUUCCUCAGCACUCUCCUUGUGCAAUGGAUGGGAAGGUGGUGAUCCAGGAGGAUGGUCCCCCAAUGGUUUCCUGGGGCCCCGAAGGAGAGGAGGAAGAGGAGGAAAAGAUCGGAGAUCGUGGCCAGUGGACUAAUAAGAUGGAGUUUGUGCUGUCAGUGGCUGGAGAGAUCAUUGGCCUGGGCAAUGUCUGGAGAUUCCCAUAUCUCUGCUAUAAAAACGGAGGUGGUGCCUUCUUUAUCCCUUACUCCAUCUUCUUCUUCACCUGCGGCAUCCCGGUUUUCUUCUUGGAGACAGCGCUGGGUCAGUAUACCAGUCAGGGCAGCAUUACAGCCUGGAAAAAGAUCUGUCCCCUCUUUGAAGGUAUUGGUGUUGCUUCUGUUGUCAUUGAGGCCUUCCUGAAUGUUUACUACAUCAUUAUUCUUGCCUGGGCCUUCUUCUACCUGUUCAGCUCCUUCACUUCACAGCUGCCCUGGACGACUUGUAACAAUUUCUGGAACACAGAACACUGUGUGGAUUUUCUGAAUUGUUCAGGCUCAAGUAGCCCAGAGGCAUCUGAGAAUAGCACCUCACCAGUCAUCGAGUUCUGGGAGAAUCGGGUCCUGGGCAUCAGCACAGGCAUCCAUGACAUAGGGGCCUUGCGCUGGGAGCUGGCCUUGUGCCUCCUGCUUGCCUGGAUCAUAUGCUAUUUCUGCAUCUGGAAGGGGAUUAAGACGACAGGGAAGGUGGUUUAUUUCACAGCUACAUUCCCCUACCUGAUGCUGAUCAUUUUGCUGGUUCGAGGGGUCACCCUUCCUGGGGCCUAUGAAGGGAUCAUGUAUUACCUAAAACCAGACUUGUUUCGCCUCAAGGACCCCCAGGUGUGGAUGGAUGCAGGCACUCAGAUCUUCUUCUCCUUCGCCAUCUGUCAAGGUUGCCUCACAGCCUUGGGCAGCUACAACAAGUACCACAACAACUGUUACAAGGACUGCAUCGCCCUCUGCUUUCUGAAUAGUGCGACCAGCUUCAUGGCUGGCUUUGUUGUCUUCUCCGUCUUGGGCUUCAUGGCUCAGGAACAGGGGGUGCCCAUUUCUGAGGUGGCAGAAUCAGGUCCCGGCCUGGCCUUCAUUGCAUUUCCUAAGGCAGUAACCUUGAUGCCCUUAUCUCAGCUCUGGUCCUGCCUCUUCUUCAUCAUGCUGAUAUUUCUAGGACUGGAUAGCCAGUUUGUCUGUGUGGAGUGCCUGGUGACGGCCUCCAUGGACAUGUUCCCCAGACAGCUACGGAAGCAAGGGAGGCGGGAGCUCCUCAUCCUCAUUAUCGCGGUCAUAUGCUACUUGAUUGGCCUGCUUCUUGUCACCGAGGGUGGAAUGUACAUUUUCCAGCUGUUUGAUUAUUACGCCUCCAGUGGCAUGUGCCUACUCUUCCUUUCAUUUUUCGAGGUGGUCUGCAUCAGCUGGGUGUACGGAGCUGACCGUUUCUAUGAUAAUAUUGAAGACAUGAUCGGCUACCGGCCAUGGCCACUGGUAAAGAUCUGCUGGCUCUUCAUAACUCCUGGACUUUGCCUGGCCACAUUUCUGUUCUCCCUGAUCGAGUACACACCGCUCAAAUAUAAUAAUGUCUAUGUAUACCCACCCUGGGGAUACUCAAUUGGCUGGAUGCUGGCACUCUCUUCCAUGGUCUGUGUCCCACUCUUCUUCAUUAUAGCCUUACUGAAGAUCCAAGGCUCUUUCAAGAAGCGCUUUCGACAACUUAUCUCCCCAGCCUUGGAUCUGCCGCAGCCCAAGCAGCGUUCCAAUGGUGUUCAUAGCCUGGGUUAUUCACCUUCUCCGGCUAAAGAGGGACUGAUGACUUUGGAGAAGGAGACUCACCUGUAGACUAUGCUGGGAUCCUGGAGAGAUUAUUAGGCCAGAAACUUGAAAUGAGACUCUCCAUUCCCCUCUUAUCAGUAUUCCCUUAUUUAUCCCUUUGUCCUAAUUCUGCCAAGCAAAAAAUGGGAAUGCAAAUGGUUUCCCUUGUAGCAGGGGCCAAAUUCCUAUCCUUUCCUCAGGUGGUACAGCUAUAUUCCUAACUGCUUCUUCUUGUAUGGGCAUAAAUGACUCGGUUAAAGAUACCACCACUGGUACAUGCCGUAUUAUGAUGGGAUGUCUUGUCGGAAUACACUAUCUUGUGAGGGGAAAAGA